GAACUCUCCCAGCUCUCCUUGACUCUCCGCAGCCAGCAUUGGCGUCACUGACCUCCUUUCUCAGACAAUCGAGUGUGCUGGUGCGCUCCUGGGUACCGGUGGACACAUCUUGUCCGUCGCCGGUCCAGCACGUCUGCAGUAUCUCGCUGCCGACAGCGGUCUCACUGUGUAUUUAUUGGUAAGCGCGCUCUGUUUGUACGAGACUGCAGGCUCAUCGUCUGCUCUUCGUCGUCUGCUUGCAACGGUCGUCUGGUAUUCGUCGUCUGCUACAGAGGAAGCGUUUUUGUUCUCCUACUUUUUCUUUUUGUUUUCGCGGAUGUGCCUUCCUCGGCCUUGAAGAGCUGCGGUUAUGGAUUGCGAUCCAGACAACGGGUCCUGCAGCACGAUGUCCGUCGGCAUGGAGAUGCCCCUGGACCUGUUCAACAUCAAGCCGAACUACUCGUUCGAGUUCGACUUUGAGGUGAACUUCAACAAGGACCAGAACCGGCUAUGGAUGAACCGCAACUGGCACACGUCCGUCUACUGGGUGGGGCUGUACAUGCUCAUCGUGUUCGGCGGCCAGGCGCUCAUGGCCCAGCGGCGGGCCUUCCGGCUCACCAGGGCCCUGCAGGUCUGGAACUUGCUGCUGGCCGUCUUCAGCGUCGUGGGCGCCUGCCGCACCAUCCCUGAGCUGAUCCACGUGCUCCGCGAGUUCGGCUUCUUCCACUCGGUGUGCAACAACUCGUACAUCGAGUACGACAGGGUCUCGGGUUUCUGGACCUGGAUGUUCGUGCUGAGCAAGGUGCCCGAACUCGGCGACACGGUGUUCAUCAUCCUGCGCAAGAAGGAGCUCAUCUUCCUCCACUGGUACCACCACAUCACAGUGCUCAUGUUCUCCUGGUACUUCUACCAACAGCACAUCGCGCCGGCGCGCUGGUACGUGGUCAUGAACUACGUGGUCCACUCCAUGAUGUACUCGUACUUCGCCCUCCGGUCGUUUCGGGUCCAGACGCCUCGCUGGACGGGCGUGUGCAUCACGUCCCUGCAGAUCGGCCAGAUGCUGAUGGGCGCUUACGUCACCGGACUCGGCCUGGUCACCAACAAGCAGGGCGGCCGGGCCUCGUGUGCCAUCUCUGAGCGCACGGCGAUGCUGGCCAUCUUCAUGUACGCGUCCUACUUUGUGCUCUUUGCCCUGUUCUUCUACGGUGCCUACCUCAAACCCAAGAGCAAGGCCGCCGCCAAGACGGACUGAAAAGUGCCGUCGACGAAGCACCCCAGUGUUGCCGGACGGUUCUUCUGUGACCGCUGUGCGCCACUUUGGCUUCCCGGGGUGCCGUCUGUUGGCGGACUCCUUGGACCGAUCGUUAGUCAAUCGUUUCUUAAAGCUGUUCCGCGACUCGCGGCUUUUGUAUUCUUUAUUCGAGUAACGGUUACUUUUUUUUUGUAAUUGUUGUACGAACCGUCUGAACGAAGUUGUCUGGGCACCGAAGGAAGUACCUUUUAUUUUGAAUUUCUUUCUUCCUGCCGUAAAAGGCAGGUCAUAGAUUUCAUCGCCUUACGUUUCGUUUCGUUGCUCCGCCGGAGGGGGUUGCCUGCUUUCCACUGCGAACGCUUGGACGUAGUCAAAUAGUAUCAUAUUUUUAUCGCGCAAUUCCAGUCGUGAUAAGGAUAAUGUGAGUUGUUACGGGUGCUGCAGCGGAACAGGUCAGGUUAGUCCUGCUAUGGCAGUUUUUGUUCGAUUGUCUCCUUUUUGGAAGGCUGACUAACCGAACCUGUUAUAAAUAAAUGUCUGCCUCUUUGACCUGCCUCUUGAAGCGUUUUACCGGAAGAAGCAACGUUAGGUGCAUUUGCAUAAGCGUGCAGGUUUUAGGGGGUCGUGCGUACUUAUAUUCAAUAGACUACGGCGAGGUUAGGAAGCAGCUUUACUACAAGUGAUAGGGUUGUUGGGGAAGGCCGGAUUAUGCAUGCAGGGUACGCACCGCACGGCGUUCGGUCGCUCGACGUUUUGGUGCUGUUCCAGUUAGGAGACUGUGUGUGUGUGCUGUGCCAUCCAGAUGGAGGGGGCUGUUGAACUCGAGUCGGCAGGAAAAUUACAUUUCUAUGCUCUCUAGUUCGGAUUUUGUGCAGCUAUAGAUAUAUUUUGCCAUGAGAGCUGUUUUGCAAAGCUGGUUUGCGUUGCUCACGCCUUCUGAAAACUCUGGUUGUUCGAGUGCUUCGUUUCACCUAUCCCUCAACUCAAGUGAGCGACUGUCGAAAGAAAACAAAUACUUUUCUGUUUAUUCCCGUUUGUUCGCAACUUCUCAGCCAAAUUCGAUAGAUCUUUUUCUUUUUUUCAAAGGUAAAUGGAUGUAAAUUGCGGGCCCAGGUCGACAAACAGUCACGUCUGCUCAAGUCGAGAAGUCCACUCUCGACGAAACAUCAUCGAAUCCGUUCCUAAAAACCAAGCAGGUUGUGGUCUGUUAUCAUGGCUGUGUGAUGGACAUCUACGAAAGAGUUGUCUCUUCUUAGCGGCACUCUGUACCAGAAACCUCUCUUGCGUGGCUUGCGUGACCACGCAAGACACAGGUGGAUGAAAUAUGCAACAGGUAGCGGGUAGUUAAAUUCUCCCGUAACGUUUGCUGUCGGUAAAAUGUGUGGAAUGCGUCUCCGACUGCCGUGACCCGAAAGGCUAACGAAGUCCGUCACAGGAGACGCCGCGUUGUGACUCUGUAGUGUGGCUUCUUCCAAAAUAGUGGCGUUCGCUGAGGCAGCGAGGGUGGUUAGUCUUUCCUCUGAAUUGGGCGGAUUCGCGGGUGAGCCCCAGCUUAAUGUAAACACAGCUUUCCCUUGGGCGCAUAAAACUGAAAGAUUCUACUACGUGGACAAAUUGAAAUGAACAUCGAGGAAGCCUCAAAGUGGCUGCCGAAGUUUCCCUAAAAGACAGGCUUUUGGCUAUGGUUUCUUUCAGAUUCUUCCUAACAACUUCGGCUACCAGAAGGUUUUCUUCAUACGUGUGGGCCAAAAGCGCGAACAAAAAGACGUACGGUGCUUCCCUAUAUAGAUCAUUCAAAUAAUCGUCUUCUGCGUGCUGCCAUCUUUGUCUACUGGGCCGUGUUCUGGGCAUGCGCAGCAGCUAGCUCUCUUCCGCGAAAUAUCAGCCGCCGCGCAUGCGUCCACAGCCCAGUCACUCGGCAUUUCUCGCCCAAAUGCUGUGGAGAAGUGUACAGUCCCAAUAGAAGUUUGCGAGUACGGCCUCUCAGCGCCGCCAUCUUGUUUCUGGUGUAGGUACAUCAUCUGAUAGUCGAGCAUUGCUGAGGCGUAUACCCACGGCCUCGGCAACGCUUGACUAUCUGACGAUCUACCCACACCAGAAGCAAGAUGGCCCCCCGGCGCCCGGAGGCCGUACUCGCAUACGUCUAUUCGAUGCAGUCAAUCGAGCGGUGCCAAAAGUGCAACGUCACGGCGCUCGUCGCCUUUGCACGUUCGUUAUCACCGACUAAAACCAGUCGCGCACAGUAAAAACGCCGUGAUCUAGAACUUUUUUUUUUCUACGCGUAAUUGGUGUAUAGCCGGUGCACAGCGAACCCACAAGGAAAACGAGCGCCAUGACGAUGCACUUUUCCCGGUGAUGAUUGAUUGACUCUAUCGAAUGGUCUGCGGUCGGACUUGAAACGGAGUAUGCGGGGUGUGAGUUCGUCUGCUUCUUUUGCAGGGGUUGUAGUGACGUCAGAAAGGCGCCGAGCUCUAAUUGGCGGACAGUGGGUAGACCUCAAGCAAGCUGCAGCCUCGAGGUCUAGCCCCUUAUCCUUCAAUCAGAACUCGGCGUUCUGACGUCAUCACAAGCCUUACAAAAGAAGCAGACGAACUUGCGCUCCGCGUACGAUUUAGGACAUUCUGUCAUCUUAUGCCGCCAUCUUCUUUUGUAUGCGUUAUGACCAAUGAGCGAAUGGGAUCAAUCUGAACUAAACGCUUUAAGUUUUUUUUUUUUUUUUUAAGGCCCUCUCGUGAGGGUCGUCAUAAUGCAUGUGAUUACAACUACGCACUAUAGUACAACAGCUGCAGCGUACACACGCUGGUCCCAUGAAUGCCAUCAGAAUCACGUUCAUCUGUUAUUGCUCUUCCUGAUUUUGGAGAAUAAAGCGUUUCGAUAAUUGC